CUCGGCUUAGUGGAAAACCUCGAGCACGAAAGAACCUCCAACCCUGAUAACACGAUGAAGACGUGGCCUCACCAAGGUCCCCGUCUUCGCCUCAGGCAUUAUAUCUCUGGGCGGUCUGGUCUGACACAUCUGCAGAACAGACCCAGAGGGCCAGGGUUAAGCCAGGGGCCCAUUCUUGCUGCACCAGGAAAGGCGGGCUCCCUGCAUCCGCUUACGGGCGACCUCGCUCGCGCCUCCCGUGACCGACGGCACCGCGGAGCCCGCGCUGCCCCUCUCCGGGGAGCCGCCGGAGGAGGAGUGGAACCUCUUCGACGAUCGGCCUGCUGCCUCGCCGGAUCCUGGAGCGCCGGCCGCUGGCGGCGGCGGCGGCGAGGUCCAGCGGCUGGGGCUGAAGGACCGCACCAUGGUCGCAGCUGCGACUCUGGAGGCCCCGCUUCGCCGGCGAGACCGCCCCGGCGCGGCCCGCGUCGCCUGCGCGCCGGUGUCCCCCGCGGCCCUCGCGCUCACGGGCGGCUGCCUCGGCCUCUGGGUCCUGGCGGCCUGCGGCACGGCCAGCUGGGAUGCCCUCCUGGCGCCCGGCGGCUCCGGGCGCCCUACCGUCUGGAAGAGCAUUGGCCAGAAGGUGCCGGAGCUCGUGCGGGAUCCUCGUUGGGACAGGGCUCGCUUCCAUUUGAUGACCGUCAUCAUAUGGUCGCACUGGGUGGGCAAGUGGGGCCUGCAAACUACCAAGGCUGGCUGGGUGGUUCUCAACUGGGCUUUCGCCGUGCAUGUCAUAGGCUUCAUUUUCCUCUCGGGCGCGUUCUCCACAAGAUACGCCAUGAAGGUGCAAGAGAGAGGCUGGAAAGAGUGUGUUCCUGUGCUUUGGAAUUGUCUGGACGUGUUUCUGGUGUACCUCACUUUCUCAUGGCUGCGUGGCGUCGUUUCCAUCUCAAUGGAUAGCUCACAUCCUAGUGCGCACUGGAUCAUGACUCAGACUCUCAAGGGCACAUUUGCAUUUCACCAAGCACCAUGGUACCUCUCCGCACUUAUAAUGUGGAGAUUGUCUGCGUUCCUCCACUGGCGCGUACCUGGCAUGCUGGUGUUAUCGCUGUUGAUUGGCGCGCUCUGCCCGUACGAAGCGCUGAAUAAGGCCCACGAUCCAUUCGCAAUCCGCGAGGUAAUGCACUACCUGCCCUUCUUCACACUCGGAAUCCUCUGCGGCCAGGAGAGGCUCGAGCAGAUGAUCGACCUCUGCGGGAAGUGGCGAGCGGUUGUCGGCCUGGUGGUGCUGGCCGGCCUCGCGGCCGUGAUAUGCAUCCCGUUGGGGCCCAUGUUCGACGAUCCCACAUUGCGCUGGGUUCUGCUCAAGAAGGUUGACGCGAGUAGGAGUAGGAUCAGGCCGAUGUGGCGGUCGUGGAAGUUCCCGCCGCGGCCGCAGCCAGACCGAGAUGUUUUCAAUGCCGGCCUAGACUGCUUCGAUCUGGAAGUCGGGGAUCAGCUGGACAACGCCAGGCAGGUCGACGCCGAGGCGACGGACGACUAUCACAAGCAGGUGAAACUGACCCGAGUGAAGAAGACCAUCGAGUACUACAACAGCGCGCAGAGCAUGAUGGAGCUACCGAUCCUGACUGUGCUCGUCGGCAUCUACGACUUCCACUUAUUGCAUCCUAUGCUCGGCGACCCCGUGAAGGCUAGCGAUGGUGACGAGGUGCCGAAGAAGACGCCUAAGCUGGACAAGCUCCUAUCCAAGGAGACCAGCCUCAUAGGCCAAUGCUCUGGGAAACUGCUUGUGAGCAUGAAGGCUUGGCGGAGAGGUGGUGGUGACAGGGGUCCAUGGCGCGUUCUCGACAUGAUGCGCGUCCGAGUCGAGGACCCUGGAGUGAUGCGUUUCGCAUGGAGCCAAACCCUGAGGUUGGCUGGCGCUGUGUUCAGGCGCUACGAGACCAAAUGCUCAUCCAAGCCUUAUGACAUGCAUAUCUUGUCUAUCAGCGGGGCCACUUCUGCAGAGAAAGCGCCUUGCAUCGACCGCCUGAUGGCCGCCGACGACGACGACCUCGACCUGCACAGCCGUGGAGUGCGACAGCUCUUCGUAACGAAGUCUGCGCUGGAGCCCGUGGAAUGCCGAUCGCUUUCGAGGGCGGACUUCGCGACUCACGCCUUCAGCACAGACGCGAUCGAGAGGCCAAAGAAAAAGGCAGUCAGUUCGACCAUGGAGGAGGCCGUUCACUCGCCGCUGGUAGGCCUGCUGAGAGCUCAACAGCACGGCAACGACGGCCAACGUGAGCAACCAGAGGCGGCCAGCACAGAUGCCCCAGCAUUGGUGUCGUCACCAGCGGCGGCGGCAAGAGGGGGUGCCCCAAUCGGGGGCGUCGAGGUUGGUGGCGCCGUCGUACCCAGCGGGGAGCGUCGCGGGCUCUUCGACGACGCAUGCUCUCGGGCAGUUUCGGAAUGCAUGGACCUCCUCCCCACCGAGAGCCCGAUGAUGGACCACUAUCGGCGGUCUGGUCUCAACCCUUACUUCCUGGGGAAAAACAAAUGGAUGCACGCGGCGGCGGACUUGAAAGGGUCGGCCCUGGCAGACGGCGAGAUCGAGCGGGCAACGGAAGACUUUAAACAGUUAUGGGGAAGUGUCGUGGAUACCGAUGUGUACGAGGAGGCUCGCGCAUUGUGGGUGCAGCAGAUGGCGGCCAAAGAACGCGAUGAAGGGGAACCGAACAGAUUCGUGCAGCAGUGGGGAUACGGAAGCGUCGUGUCGCCGAUCACCAGCGCGGAGUUCUGCGAGCAUAUCAGGGAUACUGAGGGGUGGCCACCCGACGCCGACAUCACCGACGUCAACAACCAGCAGAGCCGCGUCACCGCAGAUUUGUCCGUGAACUUCGACGCGGCAAAGGGUGGUGGGGGGGAGGGCAAGUUCAAGAUCGUCCAGAGGGGCUUCGAGCACGUCCUGAGCCAGAUGCAGAGGGACAGAGUAGAAUCCGCCGAUGUCAUGUUCAUGGUCGAGGGCACAACCAUGCAAGAUAAAGGUGGUUUUAGUCGGCUGCUCAUUCAAGUGAUCGGCUCGUGCUUCAACCCUGUUGUCUUCGACUUCGCUCGCCACCAAUCGGAACGAGCAACACUCGCACACGAGAAACCUCUCACUUUCCCUUGUCGGGCGUUCGUGGAGGAGAGGCCAUGCAGGGUGAGCGACAAGUUCAUGGCGGCGCACGCGCAGACGUCCGACGAGUUUGUUCGCGAGCGUUGCAAGCUCUUUUCGUUCAUGGAGCUUUUCGACGUGGAGUGGGACCCUGUCGACGUGGACGGCACUCUCCUGCGGGUGGAGCUGAAGUCCGCGACGUCGCUCGGUUGCUUGUGGAAGGCGGGCUUGACAAAGGCAUUGGGGGCGAAAUCUGCUCAGCGAGACUGCGCAACCGCCUCCAGCUUCACGAAGAUGAAGACCGACGACCCGCCGAACCCUGCGCCGAAGCCCGUGCCCAAGCCGAAGGCCAAGGGCACGCCGAGGGCAGCCGGACGCCCUUCCGAGGGCAAGGCGGUGCUCGUCGACGACGAGAUGGACAUGGUUGAGGACGAGGAGAUGGACAUCGCGAGAGGCGAUGGCAUGGACGAGCUGCUGCUGACAUGGGAGCUUUGGGAGGAGGUCACAGAGCCCAGCGAGUCGGGCUACCUCUAUUUGGGGCUCCGCCAGGCGGUUGGGCAGCAGCACGCCGUGCCUCGUUGUGCAUACGACGCGCUGGCGGCCAAGUAUCGGAUCAAGACGGCGGCCAACAUCAUGCUGAGGAGGCGGAUGAGGAAGUACGAGCAGGAGCUCAAGAACUUGCGCCACGUGAUGACCACCAAGUCCACGCGCAUCCAUGCGAUGGUGACCGCGCCCUUUUUCAGCUGCCCGUGCCAGCUCCACCGCGCGGUCGCCAGGCCCGAGUGGCUGACAGACUUCGACGCGCGGCUGCGAAGGCGAGUGGUGCAGUUGAUUCGUGACCGCGCAGGUGGACACCCGAGUUAA